UAAAACAAAAGAAGGUAAGAGUUACCCUUCAUUUUCUUUAUUUUGUUUGAUUGAUGCAGUUUGUUUCAAGUGUAUAAAUUGUUUAAAUUAAUUAUGAAAUAUCUAAUUGAAAAUUUAUUUUUUAUUAUUGUGACCUUAGUGAGUUUAAUCUAUUAUGUUAAUGCACAGCAAUGCUCUAAUAUAGUGACCAGGGAAAAUAUCCUCUCAAUCUCGCCGGAAAAAUGGAAGACCUAUGUAUCAGCUUUUCGUACAAUGGCACUCAAUGGUGAUCUUGACCAAUUAGCUAAAAUUCAUAAUGAUCAUUUUGCUGUCAUCCACGAUUCGCCUCAAUUUUUACUUUGGCAUCGCUAUUUCCUACAUGACUUUGAGACUCGACUUCGCCAAAUUGAUCCAUCUUUAGCUUUACCUUACUGGGAUGGUGCUGCUGAAUUUACUGCUCCACAUACAAGUAGAGUAUUUUCUGAAUCAUAUUUUGGUGGCAAUGGAAACCCAAACAAUAAUUACUGCGUCUCUUCUGGUAUUCAAGCAAAUCUUUCAAUAGGCUAUCCUGAGACUCGUUGUUUACGUCGCAAUUUUCAAGGGCCGAAUGCCAAUUCCAUAGCGCCUUGGCAAUCCCCUGCUUUUAUAACAUCAAUAAUUCAAACUUCAUCAAGCUAUGAUACCUUCAGACAAAAUUUAGAGCACUCCCUUCAUAACUCAAUGCAUUUUGGUAUUGGAGGAAAUGUUGGUGAUAUGAUUUCAUCCUGGUCACCUGUUGAUUUAUUGUUCUACCCUCAUCAUGCUAAUAUCGAUCGAAUCUGGUCUAAAUGGCAAAACUCUGAACCUCAGAAUAUGAAUCUACUUGAUGGCUUACAACGAAGACCUGACGGAUCUUUCAUUCAAAUGAACCGAAAUAGACCCUUAGCUUACUACGGAAUCCGAACUGGACAAAUAUUGGACACUAGAAAACCUCCCCUUUGUUACACUUACGAUGAUAUUGUGUCAUCCUCUGCACGUCAACAAAACAUGUUUGAAGAACAGCUGAGAGCCAAAUUGUCUCCACUUCUAUUGGAACAAUAUUUCCCCAAACUAUUGUCAAGCGAUAAAUCUGCUCCUCUUGACUUUUCUAACGAAAGAUCUCUGAGCCAAUCAAUCGAUCGACCGUUGCCCUAUCCAAUAUCACUAUCACCUUCAAUGGCAAAAAGAAUGGGCUUUAAUUUAGCUAGCGUAAUGGAUGUCCAACUACGAGCUCACAAAUUCGUUCACGACAUGAAUCAACAGUUUAUACAAAGGACUGAAUCAGCUGCCCGUUCUGUAGAGUCUGAGUCAGUCGCCGAUAAUGAAGAGGUUGAAGAAGAAUCUCAAGAAGAUUGAUAAAUCCCACAUUUGACAAUCAGCAUCAGAUUAUAUUUUGUAUUAUUUUUCAUCCCUUUUACAUAUACAUCAUCAGUUGACUCUUAAUUUUAUUUCAUUAUAAGCAUGAUAGAUUCAAAUGAAAUUCAUUGAGAUGUGACAAAUACUUUAUUGAUACUCUAAAGAUAAAUGACAAAUAAAUUAUAAAUAUUAUAAAAUGACAA